AUGGCUGGCGGAACGUUUUACGGGUACCCCGGCUGGCGCAGUGCAGGAUGCAUACUUGCUCUGCAGGGAUGCCUCAUUGGCUUCUGUGUGUAUCUCUUUGCUGUUGAUGCAACCGACGAAGGGGCUGAAGAGAGUCUGUACGAGCCCCUAGUAGACGCAGCCGUAGUUGAACCGGUCUCGAAGCUCGUGAAACUGAAGAACGAUGUGACCACCAUUCUCAAGAUCGAAUCUUUCCAAGCCAUCAUUCUCCAGGGGGUUGUGGGUUGCUGGCCCUGGACCGCCCUCGUGUUCCUCACUAUGUGGCUCGAGCUCAUCGGCUUCACGCACAGUGAGGCCGCCGUCCUGGUCGCCUGCUUCAACGUCAGCGUCUCCAUCUCCGGCUUCUUCGGCGGCUGGAUCGGCGACUUCGCGGCCGCGCGCCUGCCCAACACGGGGCGCGUCAUGUGCGCGCAGUUCAGCGCAACCAUGAUGCUGCCCGUCUUCUCCGCCGUCCUGCUGGGCCUGCCCAACGACCCCGACUACUUCGUCUCCUACGCAAUCACGCUCUUCGUUGGCGGGCUGUUCAUCUCGUGGCCGGGCGCGUCCACCAACAACCCGAUCUUCAGCGAGGUGGUCCCGCCGCAGCUGCGCACGACGGUGUACGCGGUGGACCGCCUGCUGGAGCUGCUGCUCGCGUCGUUCGGCCCCUUCGGCGUGGGCUACGUGGCGGAGCACAUCUUCGGCUUCGACCUGCACGACAUGGGCGACCACCGCAACCCCAAGGACGCCGACUCGCUCGGCAUGGCGCUCGCGUGGAACAUCAACUUGCCCGCCGCGCUUUGCGCGCUGUGCUACACGUGGCUCUACUGGACGUACCCGCGGGACCGGGAGCGCGCGUUGAAGGCGCGGGGGGUGGUCGUCGUACGGGAGCCCGAGUUGCUGGCGUGA